AUGGAUGACCACUUCAACCUCAUCGACUCACCCUCCUCUCUGAGGAACAGGGGGGAUAACGGUGAAAACCCAGGCUACGGCGAGGCGGAGAAGGGCGUCAUGACUGUCGAAAACAUGCUGGAAGAGUCUACUGCGCUCUCGACCCACCUGUCCGUUGAUCGAUACCAGCGCGGACACGAGUGCCGUGAGAGAGUGGUUAUCAACAUCUCAGGCUUGCGCUUCGAAACUCAACUUAAAACUUUCAACCAGUUUCCAAAAACCUUGCUUGGAGACCCCAGGAAGAGAAUGCGCUACUUUGACCCGUUGAGGAACGAGUACUUUUUCGACAGAAACCGACCCAGCUUUGAUGCUAUUCUCUAUUUCUACCAGUCCGGGGGGCGCAUCCGGAGACCUGUUAACGUUCCCAUUGAUAUUUUCUCGGAGGAGAUUAGAUUUUAUCAGCUCGGGGAAGAGGCAAUGGAAAAAUUUCGAGAGGAUGAAGGAUUCAUAAAGGAAGAGGAGCGUCCCUUGCCUAACAAUGAAUUACAAAGGCAGGUUUGGCUGUUGUUUGAAUAUCCCGAAAGCUCUGGUCCAGCCAGAGGAAUAGCCAUAGUGUCAGUCCUUGUCAUUUUAAUCUCAAUUGUUAUAUUCUGUUUAGAGACCUUACCGGAAUUUCGUGAUGAUAAGGACACGGCCACCGUGGCACCGAUAGUUAACGGGACUGCCCCCUACGUCCCAAGUUCGUUUUCAGACCCUUUCUUUGUGAUAGAGACCCUUUGUAUUAUCUGGUUCUCGUUUGAGUUGCUUGUCCGUUUUUUUGCGUGUCCUAGCAAAACCACGUUCUCAAAAAACCUAAUGAAUAUAAUUGACAUAGUGGCUAUAUUUCCCUACUUCAUCACUUUGGGAACAGAGCUGGCUGACAGUGACGGGAGCGGCCAGCAAGCUAUGUCGCUAGCCAUCCUCAGGGUCAUCAGGCUCGUUAGAGUCUUCCGCAUCUUCAAGCUAUCCCGUCACUCUAAAGGACUUCAGAUUCUAGGGCAGACAUUAAAAGCCAGCAUGAGAGAGCUGGGCCUGCUCAUAUUCUUCCUCUUCAUAGGAGUGAUUCUGUUUUCCAGCGCGGUUUACUUUGCCGAGGCGGACGACCCGUCCUCCAGUUUUACAAGCAUCCCAGAUGCCUUCUGGUGGGCCGUGGUCACCAUGACUACCGUGGGAUAUGGAGAUAUGCACCCGGUGACCAUCGGUGGUAAAAUAGUGGGGUCUUUGUGCGCGAUAGCCGGGGUGUUAACUAUUGCUCUACCGGUGCCCGUUAUCGUCUCUAAUUUCAACUACUUUUACCAUCGGGAAACUGACGGGGAAGAGCACGCGCAAUACCUCCAUGUCAGUAGCUGUGAACACCUACCGUCAGACGAACUGAAGCGUACGUGCAGCGCCUCAUCUCUCAGCAAGUUGGAAUAUAUGGUUAUAGAAGAGAGCCUCAACAGUGCGUUUAAACAGCCCAGCUUCAGUAACGAAAACAAACAAAACUGUGUAAACAUCAAAAAGAUUUUUACGGACGUGUAAAAGACUGGCCCUUAAACAUGUAUGAAGCAUGUAGCGGGCUUGGGAAUCUCUAUUACGACUACUCUUUUCAUGAUAAGCAAUC